AUGGCAGGCGACAAUGUCGGCUCGAGCUUGUGGCCUUCCACCUUGGUGCCCGAGACACAGUUGCGCGACGACACCGAGUUCGCAUACUUGACACCCAACAAGGACAGGAAGAACCUCGUCGUCAUUGCCAACACCACCGUGACUGCCAUCAAGUGGAAGAAGCACAAGUCUCACCAUGCUGGUCAUCUUGACAAGCUCGUUGCCGACGGUGUGACCGUCGUCGACUCUACCGCUCCAAGCGCCACUGGUGCCAAGAUCAAGCAUUUGCGCGCGCGCAAAGAAGGUGAGCACUGUUGAACAUGGAGUGGUAUUUUGCUGCACCCCCCCCUCCCCCACUGACGCGCAGUCUCUCCAUCAUCUUCACCGCACCUCAGUCAUCAUCUCUGGCGGCGCUUUCAACAGCCCAGCAAUCCUCGAGCACUCUGGUAUCGGCAACCCCGCUGUCCUCGAGCCUCUUGGUAUCGAGGUCAAGUACGCAAAUCCAGGAGUAGGAGAGAACUUGCAGGAUCACCCAUCCUCCUCGGUCAUCCUCAAGUUGAAGGACGACCACACCUCCCUCGAUGGUCUGCUCUUCAACGCCACUCUCGCAGCGGAGCAACAAAAGCUCUUCAUCCAGAACCAGACCGGCUUGCUCGACUUUGCUGGAGAUGCCAUCACCUACGUGCCUGGCGAGUACGUCUUGCAGACGCUGCUCAACAAACGCAAAGGCGCGGAGAAUGUGUUUGGUCAGCACACUCACGAGGCUCACAAGAAGCUCACCAGCGCAAAGACCAGCAGUCACGAUCACGAAGUCGAAAAGUACGCGCCCGUUGUCCCAAGACGUGGCGCGCUGGCUACAAAUGCCUACGCUUUGCGCCACUACGCCAAAUGGCCACAGAUCGAGGUGCGAUGGUUGAGAGCUCUUCUUAAAUAAAAAAGCGAUCUUUGCUGAUUCUGCCCCCCUCCCUCAACUUUGGUUGCACAGUUCUACCUCUUGAACGCUUGGCAAGCAGCCAUUCCACCCGGCAAAGCACCAGCUCCAGGGGCCUACUUUUCCGUCGUAACCUGCCCGCAGCGUCCGCUCGCCAGGGGAAGCGUGCACAUCAACAGCACCGAUGCUCUCGUCAAACCCGUCGUCGACCCGCGCUACCUCUCUCACGAGCUGGACGCCUACACGCAAGGCUACGCGCUCGCUUUCGUGCGCAAGUUGGCCCAAUCUGAGCCUUUGAAGGGCAUCGUGGAGAGCGAAGCUUGGCCCGGUACCGAAGCUGUGCCAGAGAAUGCUUCGCUUGAGCAGUGGACCGACUUUGCUAGAAACUUUACCGGCACAGAGUGUGAGUUCGGGCAAGUUUGCAAUGAGAGCGCGAACUGGGACCCCCCCCGUCGCCCGCUGACGCCUAUUCCGAUGUUUCGAUCGCCUGCAGACCACCCCUCUGGAUCUCUGCCCAUGCUUCCCCUGCACCUCGGCGGUGUGGUCUCGCAUGACUUGCGCGUGUAUGGAACGCUCAACGUCAGAGUCGUGGAUGCAAGCAUCUUUCCCAUUCUCCCGUCUGCUCACUUGCAGAGCGUAGUCGCGGCCGUCGCUGAGCAAGCGGCAGACAUUGUCAAGCAGCACCACGGCUACCGUCAGCAUUGA